AUGUCCUCUCACACAAAUAGUGAAGAAGCUGAGAAGCUCUCAGUCAUUACUGAUGAAAAAAAUAAUAUCGAUUUAAAGAAAACUACUGUAAGCAGUGAAGAUCAAAUUUUAGACACUGAAUCUUACAAAUUACAAAAUGAUAACGAAUUCGACCCUGAACAUCCAGAUUAUCAAGAAGAAGGUUAUGAAAUGCCUACUGAAGAAGAAUUACGGACCCUUAGACAUGUCAGUGGUCGUAUCCCAUUCAGAUGUUUCCUCAUUGCUGUAGUCGAACUAUCCGAAAGAUUUUCAUACUAUGGGUUAUCCGCACCUUUCCAAAACUACAUGGCUAAUACUCCAAGUGAUUCUCCACCAGGUGUUUUACAAUUAAAUAGUGAUGGUGCUACUGGUUUAUCUUAUUUCUUUCAAUUUUGGUGUUAUAUUACACCUGUUCUUGGUGGUUACUUAGCCGACACCAACUGGGGUAGAUACAACACUAUCGCAGUCGGUACUGGUAUCUACAUUGUUGGUAUUUUCGUUCUUUUCAUUACUUCUUUCAAAUCUAUCGCAGGUAAAAAUGGUGCUUUAGGUGGUUUCAUUGUGGCUCUUAUUUUAAUCGGUAUUGGCACUGGUUUUAUCAAAGCGAACCUUUCUGUUUUAAUCGCUGAUCAAAUUCCGGCAAAGAGACCAAGAGUCAAGACCUUGAAGUCUGGUGAAAGAGUCAUUGAAGAUCAUGAUAUUACCAUUCAAAACGUCUUCAUGUUCUUCUACUUAAUGAUUAAUAUUGGUUCUCUUUCUGUUAUUGCUACUACAGAACUUGAACAGCAUGUUGGUUUCUGGGCUGCUUACUUACUACCAUUCUGUUUCUUCUGGAUUGCUGUCAUUGUCUUAGUCUUAGGUAGGAGGUCUUAUACCCUUAAACCAACUUCCGAUAGAGUCAUUGAAAAGUCUUUCAAGUUUUGUUGGGCCCUUACAAAGAACAAGUUCAACUGGUCUGCUGUUACUCCAGCAGAAAAUCCUGAAGUCACUUUCUCUUGGGAUGAUAAAUUCGUUGAAGAAAUCAGGGUUGCUUUGGCCGCUUGUAAAGUGUUUUUGUUCUACCCAAUUUACUGGACUUGUUACGGUCAAAUGACUAAUAAUUUCGUUACUAUGGGUAGUAUGUUACAAUUACAUGGAUUACCAAAUGAUAUUUUCCAAGCUAUCGAUUCCAUUGCAUUAAUUGUUUUCAUUCCAAUUUGUGAGAAAUUUUUUUACCCUUUCAUUAGAAGGUUCACCCCAUUUAGACCAAUCACAAAAAUUACUUACGGUUUCUGGCUAGCUUCUGCUUCUAUGGUCUGGGCUUGUGUCUUACAGUACUUUAUUUACAAAACGGGUCCAAAUUACAAGCACCCAUUAGCUGACGGUCCAAACAACGUUCACGUCGCAUGGCAAGUUCCUGCUUACGUGUUAAUUGCCUUCUCUGAAAUCUUCGCCUCCAUUACUGGUCUAGAAUAUGCUUAUUCAAAGGCUCCAGCCAGUAUGAAGUCUUUCAUCAUGGCUCUUUUCUUAUUCAUGAACGCCUUCGGUUCUGCCAUCGGUUGUGCCUUAUCUCCAGUCUCUAAGGAUCCAGAUUAUACAUGGUUAUACUGUGGUCUAGCUGUCACUGCUUUCAUUACUGGUUGUGCAUUCUGGUUUUGUUUCAGACAUUACAAUGAUAUUGAAGAUGAAAUGAACGCUCUGAAUUACGAAGAUGAAGACAUAAUCACGGAGAACAACCAAGAUAUUGAAAUGGUUCAUCCACUGUCAGCUUACACUUCCCCAAAGAGUCUGUAA